UUAGGGAAUAUUUGCGAGAUGUGGUCUUGGGGAUUUACGGAUUAGCGCAACUGUGUCCUAGCCUGGAGCUCCCGUGGAAAUUUCCAGAAGGGGGAAUAGGUUUGACAUUACUGGGGGACAGUCAGGAUCUUGUAGGUGGUGAGAGGGUGUCUGGUCAUUUACGGCAGCAGUAUGUUUCCUUUUUGCCGAUCUUUACAGAUAGUGCUGAAGACCCGGUUAGUAACCGGGUGAGCUCUGGGAUAUUUCUCCCCUGGUUUAAUGUUGAGUUGGGGAAGAGGCUGACAGAUGGGUUGUCCGUCUAUACAGCAGAAUUUAUGGCCAUUAUCGUCACUCUGCAUUGGGAUGAACGAGUUAAGCUGAAUAGAGCCGUGAUCCGCUCAGACUCUGCCUCGGCACUGCAGAGUUUGGAAUCGAAACGUUCAAGGGUCGGGGUUAGGAAUGGAAGUGAAUUAUAUGUUCUGGGGAGUGCGGGAAUAGUAUUCCAGUUUUGUUGGGUAAUUGCUCAUGUGGGUGUAUCGGGUAAUGAAUCGGCCUAUGUUCUCGCAAAACAGCCACUUACUAAGUCGGAGGCAGAAAUUAUAGUCAAUAUGGGAAAGUAUGAUCUCAAAUCUUGUAUUAGGUUGGUUGGGAUUGGGAAAUAGCAGAAAUUGUGGGAGAGGGAGGUGAUAGUAGAAUUUGUUUUCAUCAGUCCGGGGAGGCACCUUUUGGGAAGGACUAGGAGGGAAUAUGUGUGGUUGAUGAGACUGAGGUUUGGACAUAUGGGUUUGCACUCCACUUUGGCACUCGUUGCUAAGCAUGGGAAUGGGUGGUGUGAUUUUUGUAAGAUCCCAGAGACUGUGGAACAUGUGAUCAGGGUGUGAUAUACCACAGAUAUUUAUUAUAAUGUGGGAAGCUGUUUGGGCAAUUACUGGGGAGUUCUGGGGUGCCUAGUUUGCAGGAUAUUCUGGCACCUGAGGCAGGGACAGUUAAAUCGUGUGGGUCCCUGAUAAACUUUUUAUUUGAAACCGGUUUGGGAGUUUGGAUCUGAUCCCCAUCAUGGCUGCCUUCCUACUCCGUUACAGAAGGUGGCAGUAAUGCGAAGGAGCGAGCUGCCAUCAGCACAAAAGGAGAAGGAGGUAGGAUCGGGGCUCUGGGCGGGAGAUUCAUCAGCACCAGAGUCCGCACCACAAGUGAGAAACAAUUACUGUGAGCUCCGGACACACUGUGGCCCUGCAAACCCAGGACAGUCCCGGUCCUUUCCAUCUCCCCUAGCCCCUCUAUCCAUGCCCAGGCCCCGGAUAGAUGGGUCUCUCGUUAAUUGUUUUUUCUGGGUAUAGGGGCAGACAUGGGCGACACUUCUGGUGUUUCCCGACCAGUUUGUAGGGCGUGUUUGGAAACACAGAUGGAGGGAAUAGGAGUGGAUGGAUCUUUCUAAUACUGUGGAGCUCCAACUAUCUCAAUCCAAGGAUUCGGAACUCGGAACGAAAACCAAGUUGGUCUCUGAUAAAGUGUCUACCUUCCACUCAAUGAAAAUACCAAUUAGUGCUGCAUGGGGGAAAAAAACACCAAAAUCUGGUUAUGAAAGGAUCUAUAAAGCAAGUUUCUCCCAGACGGCUGAAUGCCCCGUUUGUGGUACAAACAAUUCAGCAGCUUCUCCAACCUGAAAAUGUAGACAGACAGCACUUGUUCUUCCUGGAAUGUGAGCCUGAACUUCACCAUCGGAUUGGCUGCACUUUCAGCAGUGCCAGAAGUAUUUUACAGAGCUUGCAGGUUAGAAACAGCAAAGGACGUGCGUAGGGGAAUCUCAAACACAACAACAAGGGAUGCUCUCAUUCAGCCAACCUGCUGAGAUCCCAGUGAGUUCACCGUGGGGAGAGAGGCCAUUCACCUGCUCCAUGUGUGGGAAGAAGUUCAUUCAGCCAAACCACAGAUGCGCCAGUGAGUUCACUGUGAAGAGAGAGGCCAUUCAUGAGUUCUGUGUGUGAGGUUCAUUUACUGUGCUGAUGUGACGACACACUAGUGAAUUCACAGUGGGGAGAGAGGCGAGUCACCUGCUCUAUGUGUGGGACGAGAUUCUCUUCCUGAGCUGAUCCAACGACUGAGCAGUGUGUUCAGUGCUGAGGGGGGCCAUUCACCUGCUCUGUGUGUAAGAAGAAAUCCACUCACUCAGCUGACCUGCAGAGUUCACCUUGGGGAGAGGUCAUUCACCUGCUCUGUGUGUGGGAGGGGAUCUAUUCUGUCAUCCAGUCUGAAGAUACAUCAGCAUGUUCACACCACAGUGAGAGGGUUCACCUGUUCUGACUGACAGAAGUGAUUCAUUCUGUCAUCCAAACUGAUGAUACGUCAGAAAAUUCACACCAGUGAGAGGCUGUUCACCUGCUCCGUGUCUGAGAGUAGAUUCAGUCACUCAGCUGACCCACAGACAGACCAGCGAGUUCACAAGGGAGAGAGACUUUUCAACUGUUCUGUGUGUAGGAAGACGUUCACUCAGUCAUCUGAUCUGUUGACUCAUGAACGAAUUCACACUCGGGAGAAGCCAUACAUCUGCUCAAGCAGUGGGAAGGAAUUCUCUCAGUCAUUUCAACUGAAGGUACACCAGCAAGUUCACACUGGAGAGAGACUGUUCUUCUGCUCUGACCGUGUGAAGGGAUUCACUCAGUCAUCCCACCUACAGACAAACCACUCAGUUCAUACUAGAGAGAUGCCAUUCAACUGCUCAGACUGUGGGAAGGGAUUCUCUCAGUCUUCUCAUCUGAAGGCACAUCAGCGAGUUCACACUGGGGAGAGGCCGUACACCUGCUCUGAUUGUGGGAAGGGAUUCACUCAAUCAUCUCAACUGAAGGUACAUCAGCGAGUUCACACUGGGGAGAGGCCAUUCACCUGCCCAGACUGUGGGAAGGGAUUCUCUCAGUCAUCUCAAUUGAAAGUACAUCAGCGAGUUCACACUGGGGAGAGACCAUUCACCUGCCCAGAGUGUGGGAAGGGUUUCUCUCAGUCCUCCCAACUACUGGCACACCAGUCAGUUCACACUGGAGAGAGGCCUUUCAUCUGCUCAGACUGUGGGAAGGGAUUUACUCUGUCAUCUCACCUACUGACACACCAGUCAGUUCACACUGGGGAGAGGCCAUUCACCUGCUCAGAAUGUGGGAAAAGAUUUUCCCGAUCAUCUCAACUGAAGGUACAUCAGCGAGUUCACACAGGAGAGAGGCCAUUUGCCUGCUCAGACUGUGGGAAGGGAUUCUCUCAGUUACCUCAACUGAAGGUGCAUCGGCGAGUUCAUACUGGGGAGAGGCCGUUCACCUGUUCAGACUGUGGGAAGGGAUUCACUCUGUCAUCUCACUUACUAGCACACCAGUCAACUCACACUGGGGAGAAGCCAUUCACCUGCUCAGACUGUGGUAAGGGUUUCUCUUGCUCAUCUCAACUGAAGGUACAUCAACGAGUUCACACAGGGGAGAGGCCAUUCACCUGCUCAGACUGUGGGAAGGGAUUCACUCAGUCCUUUCACUUGAAUGCACAUCAGCUGGUUCAUACUGGGGAGAGACCGUUCACCUGCUCUGAAUGUGGGAAGGGAUUCUCUCGGUCAUCCAACCUUGUAAAACACUACCGAGUUCACACUGGGAAAAAAGUUUAAUAAGCCGCUUGCUGGAUGUUUAACCAUCACAGUUGCUGAACCCAGAGGCAAGUUCAAAAGUGACUGUUGACGUUGAACUCUGUAAUUAUUGCUGCUGCUCAUCACACCCAGUUCUGUACCCUGGUCACUGGGCAUGGGAGGAGUUUCUUCUGCUGAUGUUCACCUUUAAUGGGACUGGAGUUUAAUAUUCUGGAUCUGUGACUAAUAAAUCAGUUCUAUUUUAAUCACUGUCUCAGGUACUGCAUGAAUCUACAUCACGCCCAGUGUACAGAAGGAAGUCAACACAGCCCAGCUGGUCCCUGUCAGUAUUUCUGUUCCAUGACACUCCUUUUAAAUCCAUCCGUGCUGUUCAUCUCUCGCUGUCCCUGUGAUGAUAGGUUUCAAACAGUCACCACUCUCUGGGUGCAAAGGUUUCCCUUGAAUUUCCUGCAGACGGAUGAAGAAGAUGAGCUGACUGCAAUUUGAUGGCAGAACUGAAAAAGCGUGUGUGAGCAAGGAGGCCUACAAACCUGACUCAGUUACACCAGUUCUGUCUGGAGGAAUGGAACAAAAUUCCAGUAAAUUACCGUGAGAAGCUUGUUGAAGGCUACCCAAAAUGUUUGACCCAAGUUAAACAAUUUAAAGGCAAGGCUACCAAAUACUAACAAAGUGUAUGUAAACUUCUGACCCACUGGGAAAGUAAUGAAAGAAAUAAAAGCCGAAAUAAAUCAUCCUCUCUACUAUUAUUCUGACAUUUAACAUUCUUAAAAUGAAGUAGUGAUCCUAAUUGACCUAAGACGGGGAAUGUUUUCUAGGAUUAAAUGUCAGGAAUUGUGAAAAACUGAGUUUAAAUGUAUUUGGCUAAGGUAUAUGUGAACUUCUGACUUCAACUGUACAUCAGUCAAUUUGCAGAGUUUGUUGUCUUUUGCAUACCUGUUAGUAUUGUGGGAUCUCAAAGAUUUUCUGAUCCCUGGGUUCUUUUGGGAGUCCAAGAAUGAGUGAAGACUUGUUUCUUCAUGAUCAUUUAAAAGUUUUUACAAAAAUUUUGUUUGAAAACUUGGAUGUAUUGGGUAUGCUCACAAGAAAAUGAAUCUCAGGGUUGUACAUGGUGUAUCUGUACUUUGUUAAUAAAUUUACUUUGAA